UUCUUUGUCACUUACCAUUACUGUUACUUGUGCCCCUUUCCUUAGUCCCUUACCUGCAUCAACAAGGACUACUGCUAUUACUGCCUGCUACUCCUGCCAUUUCUUGUUCUGUCUAUUUCACCUUUGUGGCCUCUCUCUCUUCCUUCACUUUGCUAAAACUUUCAAUGGCCACUCCCAUGGUGCGCUCUUCUUCUGUUCCUUCCCUGCCUCCACCGUCACCAAAGUCACCGCCGGAGUACCCAGAUUUGUUUGGCAAGCGCCGUGAAAUGGCCAGAGUUCAGAUGCUGGAGAGAGAGAGAACUUUUCUUGAGGAAGAAUUAAAAUCUGUUGAAGGCCUUCAACCAGCUUCAAGAUGCUGCAAAGAGAUUGCUGAUUAUGUGAUGGCAAACCCAGAUCCUCUGAUACCUUCAAACAAGAAGAACCGCCGGUCAUGUGGCUUCUGGAAGUGGCUCUGUGGCAUGCCCUGUUUUAACCUCUCUUGGAUCUGCUGCUGCUGCUGCUGCGGUGGGUUAUCUGUACAUCCAAAGUUACCACGCAUUUGUUGUGACUGCAAACCCUGCAAUUGCAGUUGCAGUUGUCUUCCAUCCAUCAAUUGCUCCUUACCAAAGUGGCGCUGUUGUUGCUCUUAUCCCAAAUCACAUUGCUGUAAAGAGAGUUGUGCUUUUGGAAAUUGUUGUACUUUUCCUAGUAGUUGCAAUUUUCGCUGUCCACCCUGCCCCUCUUGCUGCAGUUGCAAAUGCACUUGCACUUGCUCUUGCCCAAGCUGUCCAAAGGUAAGUUCACGUUGCCGUUGUACAGAGUCCUGUUGGAAUCCUGGUUGUUUAUGUUGCUAG